AAACUUCAGUAGCACAUGUAUACAUGCAAUCAUUGUAAAGCUUAAUCAUGAAUAAUGCUUACUUAUUAUCUGUAUUCUAAAUCAAUUCUGGUACCAGGUUUUGGGCUGCCUGUGGAAAAAACAAUCACUUAUUCACUACCAUGUAAUAACGUUGUUUUUCCUUAUCAGUUUAUCAGACUGCUCUGCUAUGUGUAUUAUAUUACUGAUGGCAUUCGGUAAUAAAAUGGAAUUCACAGCUAAAUUACCUGCCAAACUUGUCUUUGUGAAAAAAUUUAGUGAUUUGUUAGGACCAUUUUGGAUUUAUUUACUGGCAAUCACAAUGCAUAUCAUAGCUGCCGUAUUUAUGUGUUUGAUGAGUGAAAGUUCAACUUUUUUGAGCGAUAGUGGAAAAAGCAAUGCUUAA